AUGGCUGUGGUAGUUGUAGACUUUCUAAUACUCACAGCUAAAGUAAUUGGAUAUAUCCUCCAUGCUUUGAUUCGGUGGAUAAAGAAGCCCAGAGAGAAAACAGUCAGAAAUGAAAUCUGCUUGAUAACAGGCACUGCCAGUGCAACUGGUGUUGGGAGGCUUUUUGCUUUGGAGUUUGCCCGACGGGGAGCUACGCUUGUCUUGUGGGAUGUUGACACUAAGGGCAAUGAAAACACAGCGAGGGAAGUCCGCAAGCUGGGAGCCAAGGCCUACACUUACACUUGUGAUGUGAGCCAGAGGGGACUGGUCCAUGCUGCUGCUUCAUGUGUGAGAAGGGAAGUGGGCGAUGUCACCAUCUUGAUCAACAAUGCUGGCAUCGUAGCUGGGAUGCCCAUCUUACAAUGCCCUGAUGAACAGAUGGAAAGAACCAUGAGGACCAACUGCCAUGCUCACUUUUGGACAGUCAAGGCUUUCCUUCCCCAGAUGAUCAAGAGAGGGCAUGGCCACAUUGUGACAAUUGCUGGAUCACUUGGUCUAUUUGCAACUGGUUGUUUGGAGGUCUACUGUGCAAGCAAGUUUGCCGUGGUGGGAUUCCAUGAAGCUCUCAGCCAUGAACUGAAAGCCAAAAGAAUUGACAGUGUGAAGACUACUCUAGUGUGUCCUUACUUCAUUGACACAGGCAUGUUUCAUUGCUGCGGAAUCAGGAGAGAACUAAAAGCCCUCCUUCCUCCCAUAAAACCAGACCAUUUUGUUAAAGCAGCCAUGCAAGGCAUACUUCGUAAUCAACAUAUGAUCUGCGUUCCCAGAGUGAUGUAUUUUGGAGCCAUUUCAAAAAACCUCCUUCCUUGGGAUGUUCAAGUUCUCAUUCAAAAAUUCCUGGGACUAGACAGAUGCAUUCCUCAAAAAGCAGCACAGAAGAAGUAAGAAGGAUGUCCGCUUUUUCAAGACCAUCUACAAGAAAAAGUUCUUGUUCUGUACCAGAGAAAA